CAGAGAGAGGGAGAAAGAGAGAACAGCGAGUGUCAGACAGAGAGAGGGAGGGAGAGUGAAGGAGAGAGAGAGAGAGAGAGAGCAAGUGUGAGCGUGAGAGAGAGACAGACACAGGGAGAUUUAUCACAGUAGCUGCAAACUUGCUGUCAGAACUUUACAAGUAACUUGGACUUGGAGGACUACAGGGUGACCCCUCCCCAAAAGAGAGCCCUUCGACUGGUGGAAAUUCUGACAGGAGUGGAAGGCCUAUAAAAGAGAGAGUGCUGCUCCGCGCCAGGCUUCUGCAAGCUCCACGCCACACACUCCAGCCCUACUCUUCCUCCUCCCUGUCAGCCACUCCUGCUGCGCUGCACACACACACAAAUACACACACACACACACACACACACACACGCUCACACACACAGAGAGACACAGAGACAGACAGACAGACAGACAAACACACACACACAGUCGCGCGCGCAAAUACACAAGGAUCCCACAGCCACCUGCGCCACCAGGAUGGACGAAGACUCCACCCGUGCCGAGGCGCGCAGCUCUGCCACGCUGCCCGCCAACAUGCCCUCUUCCUCCUCGGCCACGGCCAACGCCUCUCCUCCUCCUCCUCCUCCUCAGGACGGCGAGGAGCCGCCGCCGCUGCUGAUCCCCAGCUUCAGCUCCCGCAACUCAGCACCCUCGUCCCCCGCCAGCACGCUCUCGCGCCUGGGCUUCAAGAUGCCGCCGGCCCCCGGGAGCCCCGGUUCGCCCGGAUCGCCCGGAUCGCCCGGCGGAGGCGGUCAGGUGAGCGCCAUCACGGUGGUGGCGCUGCUGGACAAGCUGGUGGCGAUGAUGGAGUCGGUGCAGGAGAACCAGCGGCGCUCGGAGAAGCGGCACGCCGAGCUGGAGGCGGCGGUGCGGGCGGUGCAGGGCGACGUGACCCGGCUGGCCAAGAGCCACAACGGCACGGCUAACAGCGUGGCCAAGCUGCUGGAGCGCUCGCGCAAGACCGGCGGCCACGUCAAGGAGGUGCGCGAGCGCCUCGACCGCCAGGGCGCCCAGGUGAAGCGGCUGGAGGCCAACCACGCUCACCUGCUCAAGAGGAACCACUUCAAAGUGCUCAUCUUCCAGGAGGACAAUGAGAUCCCCUCCACGCUCCUCACGAGGGACCCUGCGUCCACCACUGCCUCUAUCCGUGACAUCCAGGAGAACAUGUCGGCGCACGCGCCCACUCCGAGCGUCGACCGCAACCACUCCCACGAGGAGGGCCUGCAGACCAUCAGCCUCACCUCCGACGAGGACGACGACGAGGCCGUGGGGGGAGGGGCGACGGCCGCCGGGAGCCACCUGUCCAGCCCCCGCGGCGGCGAGGCCGGGAGCGAGCUGGCCCUGGAGGAGGAGGACGACGACGGCCUGCCGUCACUGGGCUCCGAGCGUCUGGAGCGCUCUCGGGCAGACAAGCUGAAGCGCUCCAGCCUGAAGAAGGUGGACAGCCUGAAGAAGGCCUUCUCGCGCCAGAGCAUCGAGAAGAAGAUCAACAAGAUCGUGCCGCCUGAGCGCCGCGAGAAGAUCAAGAAGAGCUUCACGCCCAACCACCCCAAGAGCCCCACCGCCAAGAGCUCGUCCUUCCGCGUCUCCCCCAUGACCUUCAACGUCAAGAAGGUGCGCGACGGGGCCGCCGGCGACGCCGAGGCCGAGGCCGCGCUGCCCGAAGACCACGUGGAGGUGCCGUCGCUGGGGGGGCCCGACGGCGAGCUGCCCCUGGCCGAGGUGCACUCCCUGGACGAGAAGGAGCAGCCCGUCGUCCUGAGCGUGAAGACCGGGCUGUCUCCCCAGAACGGGGAGGGAGGGGUCGACGCCGACCUCUCCAUGGCUACCGCGACGUUGGCCGAGGAAGAGCCCAUGCCGGAUCACAACGACAACGACGACGAUGACGACGACGAUGAAAAUGACGAAGAGGAGGAGAGAGCAAGUCCGGGGACGAGUCCAGUGACCAGCCCGGUGAAGAGCACCGUGGCGUCGGCCGCCAGCCCCGUGAAUACUGCCGUGGCUGUGGAACAAGCGUCUUAAAUCUGUCCUUAAUCUUAGGCUAACUCUCCACACUGCUUUCCCCAUUAGGGUUAGUCUAAUAUAAACACACUCUAAAAAAAACAUUCCGCUCACUAUACAUGGGAAUUUAUAUAAAGCAAUUAAUUAGCCGUUGCCAGGUCCAAUUGGAAAUCUGUUGAUCAUCAGCCCUUCGUGCCUUAGCCAGAACCGACAAAACACUUCAAAAGCAAUAUUCUGAUUAUUUUGAGCCUGAAACAACAGACUUGUUGCCUUCCCUCAGGACUGUUGCAGUAGGCUAUACAGAGUGCUAUGCUGUUGGAGUCCUCUUCAGCCAUUCCUCACCCUUACUAAGGACUCUCAUGGAUUUGGAAAAAAAAGACACUCAUCUGAAAUAAACAAAAGAACAGGCAGUCAGACAGCAGCACUCAGACUAUCUCAGUUCCCUCACUGCGAUAUGAAUCACUGAUCAAAGGGUUCCUGACUUUGAGAUUAGACUUGGAUAGAAUCGCGUUCCCUUUUCCCUUGAUGCAGUCUGUACAAUAAAGUGGACCUAGACAUAAAUGAAAGGUCUGCACUCACAGAGAUAGAUGGGAUUUUUUUUUUUUUUGCUACUGUGGGAGACAUGGUUACACCCUUGCCUUAGGUCUCUAUGGUAACCAGUCCUUUAGCCAACAAUGUCCCAAUUACAGCUUCCUUAAUCAUGCAGGAGCACACCCACAAACAGUGACAGUCAGAGGCAUGCAUCCCAACACACACACACACACACACACACACAAGCCAUGACCAAUUCUAACAAUCAAUUAUCAACUAACAAAAAAAUUAAAAGAUCAUAAGUAUAUAUACUAUAUGUAUGUAUGUAUGUGUGUGUGGGGGGGCUGUUAUGAGAGUGUAAAACUUUAUAUUUACACACACAUUUAAGUGCAUGCUCUACAAAUGGACUCUGUGGUGAGUCAUUGCGGAGUCAUUUAAAGGCCUCUGGACACAUCUCUGGAAUUUCAGCCAAGCCAUAAAGAAAAAUGUCCCAACUUGUCAGUGAGUUGAUUUCCGAGAAGAUUCUCUCCCACUCCAGAACUCUCCCUCCACAUGAAGGGACAGUUUCACACGCGUCACCAGCAAUGACACAGUUGAGGUGCCCAGCGACACUUUUGUCAUCUUGGCGCCGAUGUCUUUGGGUCCUCGGUGGACAGGUGCACACACACACACACACACACACACACACACACACACACACACACACAGAGAACACUGGGUGAGAAGCAGAGGAGCAGGAGAGGAGCAUUCCUCUUUUGACUGAUCGCUUGGCACCAGCCCAUGUUUCCACCGUGUGAGAGAGAGAGAGAGAGAGAGAGAGAGAGAGAGAGAAAGAGAGGUGGUGGAGGAGGAAAGGGGUAGAAGGGAGGGGAGAAGGGGGUGAAGACGGUUGAGGAUGGCGGGAUUGAUGGCAUAGUUUCCACUGAGGGGCUGGGUAUACGGACGCCCCUCACGGCCUGCAGGUGUGCUGUCCCCGGGCUAUACUAUACUGAGACACAAAUUAACCAGGAAGAUGAAGGUGAGACAUGAAUGCAAGAGAAUUGAGAUUGUGUGUGAGUGUGAGUAUGUGUGUGUCAUGAGACUUCAGCCUCAGGCAGUUAUCAAUGUUGCCAAUGUUCCAUCCUGAAAAAAACUCUGACAUUCCUAUUCAUAAGUCUUACUGAACUCAAUAAUUCCAGAAAAACAGAGGGGGUCAGUGUUUCUUCCACUCAACAAUAUCAAUCUCAGAGUCUGAAAAUAAGGGAAGGCCAGAGUAACGUGUGUUUACCUGAAGAUAUUACGCUCUGUGCUUUUUUUUGUAAAUUUUAUUUUGUCAGAUGCUAUGAAUGGGAUGGGCGUCACGAGGAUCUGGCAAACAGCAAAAGUUGAAACUGUGAUGAGUACUAUGAUGAAAUUCAAGAUGCUCUUUGUCAUAUAUGUCUUGCCUGAGGCUUUUCCAUGAUGAGGGAUGUGUGUCAUUGUUGGGCGACAGGUUAAGGACACAGUAAAUGGGAUUUUGUUGUUGUUGUUGUUGUUGUUUGAAGAGGAGAAAUACACGAGGACAUGAUAAUUACAUUAUAUUAUAUAUAUAUAUAUACAAAUAUUUAGGAGAAAUUGUACCUUCUUAGAAUCUAAUACAAAUUGAGUGGGUUUAUUAAAACAUUGUCACAAAUAUUUUUUUUUUCUUGAAAUGCUCUUGGCUGAACUGUAAAAGGGGAUCAUGUACUUUGGUAAGGUGUUACAAUGGCAGGUAGCCUAUAUGACCAGAGUAGUGUAAUGUCACAUUAACCAUGGCUAUAUUAGGUGUAAAGCCUUGACUGUUUGCAUUUGCAUUGAGAAAUACGCUCAUUAUCCUUGAUAACAAUUCACAUAAAGUGUUGUGUUCACUGAA